UGAGGUUUACAGCAAAUAAAGGUAGCCAUUGGGCUCUUGGUACAUAUUUCUAGUGGCGAAGACCCGUUUCCUUUUCGUUGGUACGGAAGCCGAGAGAAGACUGGUUGGUUACGCGGCGGCGGUGGGUCUCCACCCGAGAGUAUGGCGGCCAGGAUUGUAUUGGUGAGCGCAUAAGGAACGGGAAGAGAUGGUGAAAAUAAUCAAAGAAGAACGCUUGUAUUAUUAACUUUUAAAAUAGGAUUUAUUUAUCAACAUUUGUUGAGUUAAUACGCGACAGUCUUCUUGCAGAAUCCAUCAUCAGGAGCCGUCCUGUUUUUUCUCCAAUGUCUUCGCUGGAGCAAGUUUUGUAUUUAUGAUCCAUAGAAUGGUAAGCGAAGCAGAUGAAAAACCGCACGUUUCACAUUGUCCCGCGUUUUGAUAGCUUGUAAUGCACAUUUUGAAGUUGCAAUAGUUUGGAUGCAAAUUGUCAUGUCUGGAAUGCCUGGGGGAAUUUCUACAAUGAAAUCCAUCUUCGGUCAGCAAGGCUUUGUGCUCUGCUUUUGUAUUUGCCAUUGCUGAACGGUGGUAAGGAAGGCAAUAUUUUUUAUAUCCGUUCAAAAUGGAACACGAAUAAAUGCCAUUUGCGCGGGGAUAUUCUACUCUGUCUCGCGGAGAGUGAUAGCUUUCGACAAUCUCUUGAAAUCAUCAACUAACAAGGGAGCAAUGCGCGAGUACAAAGUGGUGGUCCUUGGCAGCGGUGGGGUCGGGAAAUCCGCCCUCACUGUUCAGUUUGUCACCGGGACUUUUAUUGAGAAAUACGACCCGACCAUAGAGGAUUUUUACCGCAAAGAAAUCGAGGUGGAUUCCUCACCCUCUGUUCUGGAGAUUCUUGACACUGCUGGUACUGAACAGUUCGCAUCCAUGCGGGACCUUUACAUCAAAAAUGGCCAAGGCUUCAUACUGGUCUACAGUCUUGUCAACCAGCAGAGCUUCCAAGACAUCAAACCAAUGAGGGACCAGAUCAUCAGAGUGAAAAGGUACGAGAAGGUCCCAGUGAUCCUGGUGGGGAACAAGGUGGACCUGGAGAGUGAGAGGGAGGUGUCGGCCAGCGAGGGCCAGGCUCUGGCCGAGGAGUGGGGCUGCCCCUUCAUGGAGACCUCGGCCAAGAGCAAAACCAUGGUGGACGAACUGUUUGCCGAGAUUGUUCGGCAGAUGGACUACGCCGCCCAGCCAGACAAGAAUGACCCAUGCUGCUCCUCCUGCAAUAUACAAUAGCCCCAAGGCCUAGGGGGACGCCAGGGGAGAAAGGACAUAGCCCUAGGGCGACGCCAGGGGAGAGAGAGGACAUAGCCCCAGGGCCUAGGGCGACGCCAGGGGAGAGAGGACAUAGCCCUAUGGCGACACCAGGGGAGAGAGGACGUACCCCCAGGGCCUAGGGCGACGCUAGUGUCCAGUGGAGAGAGAACAUAGCCCCAGGGCCUAGGGUGACGCCAGGGGAGAGAGGGAGUCUGCAUACAGGAAGAUUCACAGAGAGGAGGACAAUACUUACACCAACAACAUCGACGAUUAACAAACUCAUGGUAGAAAUGUGGUGGAAUUGAACUCUUUGGUGCAUAAAAUCAGUCAUGAUGUAAUUAAUAAUAAUGAUAUGUUCAUAAUUAAUAGAAUUAAAUGAGGAAUUCAAAGGAUUUGCCUCAAGAGAAAUUGACAAACAAACAGGACUAAAGAAAAGUGCACUCGCUUUAUAUUAUCCUGUUUUCUCUGUCUUGAGUCGUCUGUCGGAAUUACUGAACAGGAUGUGUACUCUUUAUGCUAUUCUGCGAUCAUUAAUAUGUUUCUUUAACAGUUUUAGUUUUGUUGAUAUGACCCAGUUUCUCUCAGCACAUCGAGCUGGAGCCUUCUUUCUCCAUUUUAACUGACAGAGCAGAGCAGAAGAUAGCAACUGCACCCGCCUCAAGAGGAGGUAAUCCCUCAGAACCACUUGUUUGAAACAUUGAUGAGUAAUUGAUUUGUGUACUAGGUUUCUCUGUGCAGGAAAAGAGAAAGUCUACCUACCUUUAUCCAAUGAGAUGUUUUGUACUCAUCACUAGGCCAGAAUCAAAGAGGUGACUUGAAAGAGCCUCUUUUUAAUUUUCUCUUUUAUUUGUUUUGAGGAAGGGGGAAAAAACUGGUGGAAAAGACAGUCUUGCUUCCUGUUUUCUCCUUUUGGAGGUGUUGUAUUAAGUGUAGCAGAGGUGUCUGUCACAUAAUCCUGUUUUCUCCUUUUGGAGGUGUUGUAUCAAGUGUAGCAGAGGUGUCUGUCACAUAAUCCUGUUUUCUCCUUUUGGAGGUGUUGUAUUAAGUGUAGCAGAGGUGUCUGUCACAUAAUCCUGUUUUCUCCUUUUGGAGGUGUUGUAUCAAGUGUAGCAGAGGUGUCUGUCACAUAAUCCUGUCAUUUGUUUUGGUUUCAGAAAGUUCUGAAGACAGAUUGCUGAAUAUUGUAACCGUUUCAUUCAGAUAGGAUUAGGAUAACUCCAUCUUUCAGUAUUUGAAUAUCUCUACAGACUCUAGAAACGGUUUACUUUUCAGGAAUGGGUGCCAUCCCUCAUCAUCCUCUCCAUUGAAUUUUAUUUUGAUUGGGUAUCACAAUGAAAUGGGGUGCAACGUUUUAUCAACAUCCCACUCCUCUUUAAGUAUUCAGAGUAUUCAAAUGUAUAGUAGUAACAGUAAUGAUGAUGAUGUUGAUCAUUAUAAUUGUUAUUUAACAGUAGUGUAAAUAUUUUGUCUGGAAAAUGCCAGCUCCUAUGAAGACACUGACUGAACUGCUGUCAACUGUAUGAGUGGAGGCUGCUGAGGGGAGAACAGAAUUUUAAUAAUGGCUGUAACGGAGCAAAUGGAAUGGCAUCAAACACCUGAUAUCAUUCCACUGAUUCCGUUCCAGUCAUUACCACGAGCCCAUCCUCCCCAAUUAACGUGCCACCAACCUCCUGUGAACUGUAUGCAUGGCUAGUAAACAAAAAAAAGCUUACUUUAUCGUUUGGGAUGAUUAUAGGCUGUGUAAACUUACAAACCAGACACAUACACAUCUGGGUCCGGACUGUCUCAACUAUACAUGGUUGUAGGCCACGGGGAGCCAGACCUUCCCUGGGUUACCAUUUUCAUUGCUCAUUUGAUCUUUUUUUAUGUCACCAUUUACUCUUUCUCCCUCCCUAAAUGAAUGGAGGAAUGACACUUUCAUUUAGCACCUAAACAAUAAAAGUGUGUUUAACACAAUGCA